AUUACGUAUAUACAGAUGAUAAAAAAAUUGGCGUAUCCAAGCUCCGAAGCAACUUAAAAGUGAUGAAGAAUUCAAGAAAGCUUGCGUUGGAAACAAAUUAAAUAAUUUGACAUGGUCCCUAUAUAAGGAAGAAAUGACUUGAAUUUAUCAUCAGUUUCAAUCAUGGCUGACUUGUGCAUUGUAUGCAAUCUUCAUCUCCGACAACGUCAAGAGGUCCUAUGUUGCAUUUCCUGCCACGGAAAACAACAUAGGACAUGUAACUCAGGCAUCUCACGUGAGGAGUAUCGGCGGAUGAGAAGCCAAGGACAAGUUGUGUUUCAGUGUGUCGAGUGUGUAGAGCCCACAGUUCCCUACUCCGAGGUCACCACCACCAGCGAGCUCCCCUCACGUCUUCUCCCAGACGCCGAGAGCACCCGCAUAGUUGAGGAAUCCAUCAACAUCCCCAUCGUUCCCCACGCCGAGCCACACCAUCCAGAGGAGGAAUCACUCAACGACCAGACUUCACCCCAGGAACUUUCUACCACAGAAGCCGUCGUCACCUUCCAAGUCACCGAGAAUACUUCACAACGCGGGAAGAGGAAACUUGUGUCUAGUGAUGGAUUUUCUUAUGUGGUGAAGAAGGAGAACAAAAGCGGAUCCAUCCUCUGGCGCUGCAGCGUAAGGAACAGCAAGACAUCAUGUUCAGCCACCGUUCAUCAACAAGGGGACACCUUCAUCACCAACAGUAAAGAGCACACCCACGCCUCCAAACCCGGGAUACUGACGGCAGUGCAGAUGACGCAGAGAAUCAUCGAGACAGCAAAAGACGACCUGUUUGUACCGGCACCAACUAUCGUGGAGAGAGUGAUAGAGGAGAUGGCAGAUCCAAGGGAACCGGAAUUCGCUCGUCCAAAGUUCAGCAAUGCCGUGAGGACAGCCAACAGACGCCGACAAGCUGAUCGACCAGAGGAACCCAAGGACAUGAACUUCGAGAUUGAUUUGGAAUUCCUGGAGCGCCACACUUCGUCGGAUUUCUACAGAGGAGACAUCACUGUUGGAGAUCAUCGACACCUCAUCUUUGCAUCAGAUCAACAACUGUAACACAUUGCUUCAGCAAAGACGUGGUACAUCGAAGGAACUUUCAAGAUCGUUUCCAAGCCUUUUGUGCAGCUGCUAUCCAUCCACUUCUUUGCCAGAUCCGGAGACGACAUGAAACAGCUUCCAGGGAUUUACGUCCUCAUGCCAAGGAAAAGAAAAGAC